GACUCUGAUAACGCUUGGUCCAAACUACCGGAACGGAAGAGCAGCACAUGUGUACGGUCCUGGUCUUCAUUAUGGUAGUGGGGUAGUGUUGCAAUAGUAAAUUAGUAGCUGAUGAAUUUUCUUUCAAGCCGUAAAUGGUUUCCAACCCACAGGACUGUCAUCGCCACACGGCAGAUGUCCCCGUCUUCAUCUUUUUAGCACACUGGGGGAUCACAACGUGCGACAGCGCCUAUAUGUCCCUAGUCGGUAUGCAGUCCUAUCAGGCGAUUUGUCGUAGACGCAUUCCCGCUACCCUGACCCUGUGAAGAAGCUUGGUCGAUUGCCUCGUGGGGGUGUGAAAUACUGAGCUCGCCCGACUACUGUCACUGCUUGCCUCUCCAGCCG